CCGGCUGCACAAAAAGCCGGUGCAUCUUUUCCAGCUUCGCUCAAACCCUCUCGUUCCCUCCUUUCUUAUGCCUGCUCCUCCGUCGACGAACUAUUGCGUGAAGCAGGAGUGCUGAAAACCUAGCAGUUGAGACCAUCAUUGAAGCUCAAAGAUGCCGGGUCCCGCCGUAGAAUUGGAGCCAGUGGAGCCACAGUCACUGAAGAAACUAAGUUUCAAGUCCCUUAAGCGUGCUCUCGAUCUCUUCUCUCCCAUCCAUGGGCAGCUUGCUCCACCUGAUGCCGAGAGCAAGAAAAUUCGCAUUAGCCACAAGGUAAAUGUUGAGUAUGCUGGAAUCAAAAGCACUACCACUCAACCUCGUCAACAAUCUGAUCACAGCCAACAGCCAGGGCCCUCUAAUGCGCUUGCUCUUCCAGGUCCAGAAGAUUCCAAAGGUCUCCAGAAAGUAGCAGCAAAAAAUGCGUUGGUAGUUGGCCCAUCUAUGCCAGCUGCUUCAUCGAACGAUCUUGGUUUUCCAGGCAAAAGUACAGCAGUUAUUUCUGCCCCUGGCUCUUCUGAAAGGAAUUUAUCAACAUCUGCUUUAAUGGAAAGAAUACCAAGUAAAUGGCCACGCCCUGUAUGGCAUGCACCAUGGAAGAACUACAGGGUCAUCAGUGGUCACUUGGGAUGGGUGAGAUCUAUUGCUGUUGAUCCCAGCAAUACUUGGUUUUGUACUGGUUCCGCAGAUCGAACCAUCAAGAUAUGGGAUUUGGCAAGUGGUAGGCUAAAGCUUACAUUAACAGGUCACAUUGAACAAGUAAGAGGCCUUGCUGUCAGCCAAAAACAUACCUACAUGUUUUCUGCUGGUGAUGACAAACAAGUCAAAUGCUGGGAUCUUGAACAGAAUAAGGUUAUCAGGUCUUAUCAUGGUCAUCUAAGUGGUGUUUAUUGCCUGGCUGUUCACCCCACGAUAGACAUUUUGCUUACUGGAGGACGUGAUUCUGUUUGCCGAGUCUGGGAUAUACGCAGUAAAAUGCAAAUUCAUGCACUAUCUGGUCAUGACAACACUGUCUGCUCUGUAUUCACCCGCUCAACACAUCCACAAGUCGUUACUGGUUCCCACGACACUACCAUCAAAUUCUGGGACCUUAGAUAUGGUAAAACAAUGUUGACACUUACCAACCACAAAAAAUCAGUUCGAGCAAUGGCCCCACAUCCCAAGGAGCAGUGUUUUGCAUCUGCAUCAGCCGACAAUAUUAAGAAAUUCAGCCUCCCAAAAGGAGAAUUUUUACACAACAUGCUCUCUCAGCAGAAAACUAUCAUCAAUGCAAUGGCUGUCAAUGAGGAGGGUGUGAUGGUCACUGGAGGUGACAACGGGAGUUUGUGGUUUUGGGAUUGGAAGAGUGGUCACAAUUUUCAGCAGGCGCAAACAAUCGUACAACCUGGGUCAUUGGACAGUGAAGCUGGUAUUUAUGCAAUGACCUACGAUGUAACCGGCUCAAGGCUUAUUACUUGUGAAGCUGACAAGACAGUUAAAAUGUGGAGAGAAGACGAAACUGCAACACCUGAAACCCAUCCGCUCAAUUUUAGGCCCCCCAAAGAAAUCCGCCGAUUCUAACUCUGUUGUUGUGAGACUGUUCCUUAUGUAUCAUCAUCACUACCGUGUUUUGUAAGGACUUCUCAAAGUGCUUUUACUUGUAAGUUUCAUUCCCUUGUUUUAUUAUUAUUAUUAUUAAUGUUAUUCAUAGCAGAGUUUUGUGGCGCACGCUAAAAUGAUUUACGUAAGCUGUCUCCUCCACU